AUUCAUUUGUUAAUUUUCUUUUUACUUAAAAGUUCGACAUUUAUUUCUGUCCAAAUUUGAAAGUAUUAGCAAGUAUGUACUUUUUUUUUUUUUUUUUUUUUAAUUGAGUCAGGUCAGGUUAAUCUUUCUACUUUCUAGCAAUAGUCAUUUUCUCAAUUUAAAUUUUAUCAAAUUCAAAAGCUUCACUUGACAAGCUGCAACCCAACUAACAGCCCAAAAUCCGUAGCUGGCCGGCGAUCCAUCAUCUCUCUCGCUGCUCCCGCCGGCAACGCUUCUCCAAUUUCAGGUUUGGACUAAAGUUCAAAUUUAGAACGAGGGAAGACCACGAGGAUGAGUGAAAUUGGUGCGGGAUCCGAUCCUCCUUCUCCUUCUCUCUCAGUGGCAUCAUCCGAACCAUCGAAAGGCAGUGGUAACACUGGCUUUGAUGCUAAUCGGAUUGCAGAAGUGAAAGCAUGGCUCGUUUCUCAAUUUGAUGCAGUUGGAAAAGACGUGCCUGAUUUUGAGUACACUUCUCGGAGCAUUGCUCACUUGCACAAUUUUGCCACCCUCUCCCAGGCCAAGACUCAGGCUGCCACCAUUGUAGCAAAUGAUUUUCGUCAGAAAGCUGCAGAAUAUCGUUCCCAAGCUGCUAGGAUAAGAGAGAUACUAGAGCAUGUUGGAUUGGUGCAAGAAAGUUUACCGUCAAAUGUGGUAUCAUCUUCCCAAGUUCUUGCCAGUGUUGCUAAUCUAUUGAAUAUUAGGGACACUGAAUUAAGUAGUUUUCUUGUAGCAAUGGCGGAUCAAUCUCUGAGAAAAACAGCAGUAGAAGAGAAGAGAGCUAAAGUUCAACAGGAGUCGAAAGAACUUCUUGAUUAUACUCGGAAGGCAAUUGCACGAUUGACGUACUUGAAAAGAACACUUUCACAAUUAGAAGAUGAUGUACCUCCUUGUGAAGCUCAAAUGGAACACUGGAAGACGAACUUGGCAAUAAUGGAAUCAAAAGAGAGACAGUAUCUGCAACAGUAUUCUAAUUACAAGGCAAUGCUCAAUCGCGUGGGCUAUAGCCCGGAUAUUAGUCACGGCGUGUUGGUGGAAAUGGCUGAGCACAGGAAGGACUUGGAGAAGAAAACAAAACCAAUCCUCGAGACAUUGAGAAGCUACCAAGACUUGCCUCCUGACAAGGCUCUGGCGGCAUUGGCAAUUGAGGAUAAGAAGAGGCAGUACGCUGCUGCUGAGAAGUAUCUUGAAGAUGUGUUGCAGUCUGCUCUCGCUUCUUCUGAGUGAUGACGUGAUUAAGGCUGACUUUGUUCUGGGUUUGACUUCUUUCUUAUGGUGGUUCUUUGUGGAAUUUGUUUGUGACCUCUUGAUGCUUUGAAGUAUAUUGUGCAAAUUAUAUGAACAAUUUAGUAUUUUGUGUAUAGGUGUUUGGAUAGCCCAUGAAUUCGAUAGAAUAUCUAUGUAAAACAACAUUUCACAUUAUAAUUAAAGUUUGACUUGUUAUUGAA